GGCUCCCACUGCAACCGCUUGCUGAGAGAUCCGACGACAACAUCGAAACCACCACCAUCGCCAACCUCGAUUCCAUCCCCUCGAUUCCAUCCCCUCGAUUGCGCAUUCAAUACCGUCGCAAUGGCAGGAGUCAGACUUCAGUACCGUCGCCGGAAUCCCUACAACACCACCUCGAACAACGUCCGUGUCAUCAAGACUCCCGGUGGCAAGCUCCGGCUCCUGCACAUCAAGAAGCGAGGAACUGCCCCGAAAUGCGGUGACUGCGGCGUCAAACUCCCAGGCGUUCCGGCUCUCCGACCCCGUGAAUAUGCCACCACCUCCCGACCGAAGAAGACUGUCCAGCGUGCCUAUGGUGGUUCGAGAUGCGCCAACUGCGUGCGGGACCGGAUCGUCCGAGCUUUCUUGAUCGAGGAGCAGAAGAUCGUCAAGAAGGUGCUUAAGGAGACCCAGGAGAAGAAGACCGGCAAGAAAUAAAUGCAAUGUGUGGGCUCGGAUGGAAGCAAUUUGGGGGUGAAAAGAAUUUGUUGAUGGUCCGGCGGGCGCACGGGUUUCACGAAAGCAUUUCCACGCCUACCUGACCACAUUGAUGCUGUAUUGUCAGUACGCAAAAAUCCAAGAAUUUCAAGUCAACAACAUGAACGGCUCGGCCAGCAGGUUACAAGCCGUCCUCGACCCUUUUCCGUCAAGGAUCACGAGAUGAGCCUAUGGAAUAGAAAUCGCCGCGAUGCUGGUUUCGAAAUAAGGUCACAUCACGAAUGAUUGGGUCCUCAAAUACCCUUUUUCUCCAAGCGCCUUUUGUGUUGCUUUAUCAUCUUUGACUUGCCGUGGUCUUUCCUUGUCCCUACAUACUGCAUUGUCGUACUGUGCUAGUGUGCAUGAGAAGAUGGAGUUUUGGUACGUCGAAUCUGUACGGACAAUUUGUUUCGUCUGCUUGGUCCAGAGUUUAUUGCGAGUGAUAAGCCAUUUUACUCUUGUGUCCCUGUGUGCCCCGUGAACGCUGCUGUCCAAACCAAGAACCAUAUGCUACCAUAGGGUGCGAUCACACACGGUCGAUCAAGCCCGUGGAAAGGUAUGUCGAAUUGGACUUUUCUCGCACCCUAACUUCCGGCCACAGCACACAAAGCGGAAGACGACAAAGAUUCUACCGACCAAUCGUGGCGUCCACUAUGUGGAAGACAAUUAGAACUCGG